CAAAUUGGAAACACAAAGAAAAAAGAAGGGUAAUACGGCAAUGGUUCUGUCACGGUCUGAAAUGGAGAUGAAUUAUAUGGUUCCCAUGUCUAAAAGCGAACAGCCAUUCUUUUUCUUCCUUUCAAUUCCAUUCUACCAUUUCACCUCACAACCUUUUCUCCACCGAUAUCCCAAAUCUUGUUGAAUUUCAGUUCAAGUUUGAUCUUAUCAUGGCGGUUUCUUACCUCUUGAAUCUUCAAGUGAAUUGAGUUCAUUAGCACGCCGUCGGGAUUUUGUUUCUCCGAUCUUGUUCUACUUCCCACUUGUGUUCUUAGUUUUUCUCGACAAUGGCGAAGCGUGGAUAUAAGCUACAGGAAAUUGCGGCACACUCGGCUAAUGUAAACUGUCUGAGUAUUGGGAAAAAAGCCUGCCGAUUGUUCAUAACUGGUGGAGAUGAUCACAAAGUCAAUCUUUGGGCGAUUGGAAAGCCCAACUCUUUGAUGAGUCUUUGUGGCCAUACUAAUCCAGUCGAAUCGGUAGCUUUUGAUUCAUCUGAAGUUUUGGUGCUUGGUGGAGCUUCUUCUGGUGCAAUAAAGUUAUGGGAUCUUGAAGAGGCUAAAAUAGUUCGCACUCUUUCUGGUCACAGAUCGAAUUGCACAGCAGUUGAGUUUCAUCCAUUUGGCGAGUUCUUUGCAUCAGGUUCUAGAGACACUAAUCUUAAAAUCUGGGAUAUCAGGAAGAAAGGUUGCAGUCACACAUACAAGGGUCACACUCAAGGCAUUAGUAUGAUCAAGUUCACGCCAGAUGGUCGCUGGGUGGUCUCCGGUGGAUUUGAUAGUGCUGUGAAGGUAUGGGAUCUAACUGCUGGAAAGCUGUUGCACGAUUUUAAGUUCCAUGAAGGGAAUAUUCGGUCCAUAGGUUUUCAUCCACUUGAAUUUCUCCUCGCGACGGGGUCAGCUGACAAAACUGUAAAGUUCUGGGAUUUGGAAACCUUUGAAUUGAUUGGAUCAACAAGACCUGAGGCUACUGGAGUUCGUGCAAUCACCUUCCAUCCGGAUGGGAGGACCCUGUUUUCUGGUCUGGAUGAAAGUUUGAAGGUCUAUUCAUGGGAGCCUGUCAUUUGUCAUGACUCCGUGGAUAUGGGAUGGUCAACACUUGGUGACCUUUGCAUUCAUGAUGGGAAACUUUUGAGUUGCUCAUUUUAUCGAAGCUCUGUUGGAGUUUGGGUAGCUGAUAUAUCGAAUAUUGAGCCUUAUGGAGCUAGUUCAGUAACUGGGCAAAAGGAGCCAAAAGAACAGAAAUCUAAUUCUGCUUUCAAGAACAGUUUAGCUUCAAAAAGCUUUGGAGCUGGUUUGAUGACUUCAAAUUUACAAUCUCUGUCUCCUGAUUAUGAAACCAAGGAGAUAAAGAAUAUAUACAUAGACACCACCGGUGGAAAGCCUGAGGCGGCAUCUUUAAGCUCCCCAAAAGUUGUAUUUGCAUUGGGUUCAAAGGAGAUAAUCUAUGAUGCUAGCAAAAAGCAAAGUCCUGCAUCAAGAGUAGAAACGAAAUCUAUUGAAGUAUCAACGGUCAAACCCCCGGUUGUACCUUGUGAUAGUCCUGAGGUUAAAGACUCCGCAAGCUCUAUAAGGGAAUCUAUCACAUUUUCCAAGACAAGACGUGGUAUGUUACUCAGACCAGCUCAUGUAAGAAAGCCAUCAAAUAGUAAAAUGGAUCUCGAAAAACUAUCAGUGUCAGUUGAUUCAAGUAGAAAAACUGAUCUUGAGAGACUAGCAGUUGUAGAUUCUGUAAAUAUCUGUCAUACCACCAAUGAUUUGAAUAAAGCUCCAGAACCAAACUUCGUAACACGGGUUGUAUCGGAAGAAACACAAAAAGAUUCUCAUAGAAUAAAUUCUGAUAUCAGAAGUAUCGAGACGUUUGAAAACAUUCCCCGUGUGUCUUCUGAGACAACUUCAGAACAAGAAAGCUGCAACAAACCAGUUGUUAGUAGAAAAGGGGCAAACUCUGUUAAAUUUGUAAAUGGAGUUGCAGUUGUUCCUGGAAGGACACGCACUCUUGUCGAGAAGUUCGAAAGGAGAGAACAAACUAUUGAUGUACAGACGACAAUUUCACCAUCUUAUGUCCUCGAAUCGGAAAAGACAAAGGAGAAAACUAAUAGCUAUGAAGCACAGGUGGUAACUCCUCAGAUCCUUGAAACUGAGAAGUCACACGAACAAGCUAAUACCUAUGGAGUACAGGCAGUGGCUAUACCUUCUCACGUCUCCGAAACAGAGAAGGCGCGUGAACGAACUAAUAACUACGAAAUGCAGGCAGUGACGAUUCCUUUGCACAUCUCUGAAACUGAGAAGGCAAGAGAACGAACUAAUAACUAUGAAAUGCAGGCAGUGAUUAUUCCUUCGCGCAUCUCUGAAACUGAGAAGGCAAGAGAACGAACUAAUAACUAUGAAGUACGAGCAGUAAUUACUCCUCGUACCCCAGAAACUAAGAGGAUGACUACUAACUAUGAAGCAAGAACAAGAAAUAACUAUGAAGCAAUGACAACUCCUGUCACUUCUCUUGUCCCUGAAACAGAUAAAACAGACAAUUUACAGAAAGGAGAACCUCAAGCUUCUGGAAGAGAUUCUCCCUGUGCAAAUGAUCGGGAUGUCAUUGAAGACAUAAUGCAAUCUCAUGAUGUAUUCUUAAGUAGCCUUCGAUCCCGGUUGACAAAACUGCAGGUGGUACGACACUUUUGGCAGCAGAAUGACAUGAAAGGUGCCAUCAAUGCCAUGACAAAACUCCCGGAUCAUUCUGUGCAAGCAGAUGUGAUCAGCGUUCUCAUCGAGAAGAUGAAUGUCCUGACUCUAGAUUUAUUCUCGUGCCUACUUCCCGUACUCGUGGGUUUAUUGGAUAGCAAGAUAGAAAGGCAUGCCAGUUUGUCCAUGGAGAUUCUCUUGAAGCUUGUAGCAGUUUUUGGUCAUGUUAUAACCUCAGCAGUAUCAGCACCUCCAGUAGUUGGUGUUGAUCUUCAUGCAGAGCAGAGGGUACUUUGCUGCAAGCAAUGCUUCACCCAUCUGCAGAAGAUUCAAAAACUUCUUCCAUCGUUUGCAAGGAGAGGUGGUUCACUAGCAAGAAGUGCUCAAGAAUUGAAUCUAGUACUUCAACAAUGUUAAGUUUCGUUCACUAUGUCAAAUUUUUGGCAAAGAACAGAUAAAUAGUUAGGCUGAUACCUCCAAUAGAAAGAACUUGGAGAUGCAACACCUUUACAAGUUGAAGCCAUAAGCCAUGUCCCACAAUUUUGUGAUUCAUGGAGGGUGAAGCCGAGCAGAAAGACAACGGAAAACCUUAGACGACGAACGUGAAGUCGGCAGGUCGGGUUCUUCAGACGGAACAAUGGAAGCCCUCCUCAUUUUGAUUCUUCAUAUUCCAGGUAUUGUCUGUAUCUUCUAAUCAACGUCUUGUAAGUAUGUGCCAAUUCAAACAUGUAAUGCAUGGAGAUAUUGAAUGCAAGCAUAUGGGUAGAGCUGUUUGCUUCUGCUUGAAAGAAUGUUAUGUCGCUGA